AUGAACGGCACACACCCUACGGUUACUAUCGACCUAGUCCUUGACCGGCACUCGACGAAGGAAGUGCUGCGUGCGGUGCUGCAUUCAAUCCUAUUUCAUCGUCUAUUCGGAACUGUGAAAGCGCAGACGUUUGAAGUGCUUGACGUGACUAUGCCUGGUGUGGAUGAUGUCGAGAUGAAACAACUUGUCGAUGAGAAGGUGGAUGCAUUUUGGAAGGGCGUCGAAGGCGGUAACAAGCGUGGCCAGGCAUAUUCUGGUCACUUUCUCCGAAAAACGUCCAAGGAAGAGCUGGUUCUAUAUGGCCGAGGAAGAGGUUCCAUGGGAGCAAUGAGCUUGAAGACUAUGCUCACGUAUGCAUCAUCUGAGCGUGGUCGCUCUGCGGUCCCGCUCAUCACCAAAGCAGACGGCAUCUCGCCUUUCCCAAUCAAGAUAGCCGUCAAGGUUGGUGGCAUAGAAGUGGGAUGA